UCGUCGUGUCUACCAGCGACAUUCGAAAUUGAUUGGUAGGAUCAAUUAGCAUAGGGUGCACAUAAAUAGGGCAUCUUGCCAAAACUACCAUCAAGUAGCGAUUUAUUGGUAAAUGCGUUUGAAUGCAUAACAUUAUUGGCUUGAUCGCAUUUGCAAAAAAAAUAAACGAGGACAUCAGAAUACAACACCAUUAUUCAGAGGAAACCUUCAAAUAUGUACAGGUACAUUGGUGUUUUCGUACUGUUCGUGGUAUCCCUUGAAAACAUUGCAGCCAGUGAGGAAAGCUGUGCUGAUGAAGCCAAUACCCCCACAGGUGCCUGGUUACAGGCACAACAUAGAGGCUAUGAGCUAUGGAAGUGUGUUACUUCAGCCAAAGAGGCGUAUUAUACAUGCUCGACCAACUCUUGGUAUCCAGAAAAACUGCAAUGUGGGCCCAAACCAGGGUUUAAGGAAAGCUGUCUGACUGCACAUAACACGUUUCGAAACAUGCAUCAAGAUACACCUGCUCUAACGUACAGUGAUGAUUUGGCAAAGUCGGCAAAAGAAUGGGCGGAUCACUUGACUUCUAUUGGGAAGCUCCAACAUAGCCGUAGGGACUCAUAUGGCGAGAACAUAUACUGGACAAGCAUGAGUUCUAAAUACGAUCCAUGCAGCUCUGCAGUCCAUGCUUGGUAUAAAGAGCAAGAUAACUAUUCUUAUUUCACAACCAAAUCAAAAACUUCUGUAGACCCCAUUGGGCACUUCACGCAGGUUGUUUGGAGAGAUUCCAGAGAAAUUGGAUGUGGACUGAGUGAAUCAACUGAUGGUACAUAUGUUGUGUGCAGAUAUUCACCACAAGGGAACUUUGUAUUAAGGAAUUCUUAUGAAGGUUUUGAUGAGGCACGACGAAGGGUUUAUGGAGCGAAUGUGUUACCACUAAAGCCUGGCGCUAACAUCCAAGAUCACUUCUAGUGUCAUUGGUCCCCUCCAGAGCACUACGAAUGCUCCUCAGAUGAAUGGAUGGAUAAAUACUUGUCUUUCUUGUAUUCGUAUUUUCAUGAACUAAAACUACUUUGUCAAGAAUAACGUCAAUUUUUGUUUUUAAAUGUUGCCCUUCGUUUGAGUUUUCUUCUAUUUUUGAGCGAGAUUAUGUUAUUGCUUCGGUUGAUAUGUAUACA